AUGGUUUUAGCGGAUUUAGGUCGCAAAAUUACCACUGCUCUGCAGUCUCUAAGCAGAGCUACCAUCAUAAAUGAAGAUGUUUUAAAUUCUAUGCUAAAACAAAUUUGCGCCGCUCUUCUGGAAGCUGAUGUGAAUAUUCGUUUAGUGAAGAAUCUCCGUGAAAAUGUUCGCGCGGUCAUUGACUUUGACGAGAUGGCUGGUGGUCUCAACAAGAGACGGAUGAUACAGUCUGCUGUCUUCAAAGAACUGGUCAAGCUGGUGGACCCAGGCGUGAAACCUUAUCAACCAAUCAAAGGCAAACCCAAUGUCAUCAUGUUUGUAGGUCUGCAAGGUUCAGGGAAGACCACUACUUGUACAAAACUUGCAUACCAUUACUUGAGAAAGAAUUGGAAAUCAUGUCUAGUCUGUGCUGAUACAUUCAGAGCGGGUGCCUAUGAUCAGGUCAAACAGAAUUGUACUAAGGCCAGAAUACCUUUCUACGGAAGUUAUACAGAAGUUGAUCCAGUAGUGAUAGCAACUACUGGUGUGGAAAUGUUCAAGAAGGAAGGAUUUGAGAUGAUCAUUGUGGAUACUAGUGGACGUCACAAACAGGAAGAGUCAUUGUUUGAGGAGAUGUUGGCUGUUGCUAAUGCUAUUAAACCAGAUAACAUAAUAUUCGUGAUGGAUGCUGCAAUUGGACAGGCUUGUGAGGCCCAAGCCAGAGCUUUCAAAGAUAGAGUAGACAUUGGGUCAGUUAUUAUCACAAAGUUAGAUGGACACGCCAAGGGAGGUGGUGCACUGUCAGCUGUUGCAGCCACACAGAGUCCUAUCAUUUUCAUAGGUACUGGAGAACACAUUGAUGACCUGGAACCAUUCAAAACAAAACCUUUCAUCAAUAAACUACUCGGCAUGGGAGACAUUGAAGGCCUUCUGGAUAAAGUGAAUGAGCUCAAACUGGAUGAUAAUGAUGAAUUAUUAGAAAAACUCAAACAUGGACAGUUCACAUUGCGUGCUAUGUAUGAACAAUUCCAAAACAUUAUGAAAAUGGGCCCUUUUUCACAAAUUAUGGGCAUGAUCCCAGGAUUCUCUCAGGAUCUAAUGUCAAAAGGCAGUGAACAAGAAUCAAUGGCUAAACUGAAACGACUUAUGACCAUUAUGGACUCUAUGAACGAAGGAGAGCUGGACCAUCGUGAUGGCGCCAAACUUUUCUCGAAACAACCCACCAGAAUCACGCGAGUUGCACAAGGCGCGGGUGUCACGGAAAGAGAUGUUAAAGAUUUGAUUGCACAGUACACUAAGUUUGCAGCAGUUGUGAAGAAGAUGGGAGGUAUUAAAGGAUUAUUCAAAGGAGGUGACAUGGCAAAGAAUGUUAACCAAACUCAAAUGGUUAAACUGAACCAACAAAUGGCAAAGAUGAUGGACCCACGCAUCUUACAGCAGAUGGGUGGCAUGACUGGGCUCCACAACAUGAUGAGGCAGUUGCAACAGGGCUCCAGUGGGAUGAAUAGUUUAAUGGGUGGCAAAUGA